AUUAUAACAUCUCAGCUUCCAUUUCUUAACUACACAUAAAUUCUUCUCUGCUAAAAAUGGCUCUAAAGUUACUUAUAGUUGCCAUUGCCAUUUUGGCAUUGGCAUCUUCAUUUGCACAAGCAUCUGAUCCUAGCCCUUUGCAGGAUUUUUGUGUGGCUGUUAAUGACUCCAAGGCUGCCGUGUUUGUUAAUGGAAAGAUUUGCAAGAACCCAAUGGAAGUCAAUGCUGAUGAUUUCCUUUUCCAAGGCCUUAACAAGCCCGGGAACAUAUCAAAUCCACUCGGAUCAGCUGUCUCACCUGUAAAUGUCAAUAACCUACCAGGACUAAACACUCUUGGCAUCUCACUGGCUCGUAUUGAUUUUGCACCCUAUGGCCUCAACCCUCCUCACACCCACCCUCGUGCAACUGAAGUUCUUACAGUCUUGGAAGGCACCCUCUAUGUCGGGUUCGUCCUUUCUAAUCGCGCACCAGGAAUGAAGAACAAGCUAUUUACCAAGACAUUAUAUCCUGGAGAUGUUUUCGUAUUCCCGGAAGGUCUCAUUCAUUUUCAAUUCAAUAUUGGACAUUCAAAGGCCAUUGCUUUUGCAGGUCUAAGCAGUCAAAACCCGGGAGUCAUUACUAUUGCCAAUGCUGUUUUCGGUUCCGAUCCUCCAAUCAGUCCAAAUGUUUUGACUAAAGCAUUCCAAGUGGAAAAGAAUGUGAUUAACUACCUCCAAUCACAAUUUUGGUACAACAACAACUAGUGAACCAAAGCUGAUACUGAAGAAGGAUUUUCCUUCAUUAUUUGAUACAUAAUAUGCAUUAACAUUAAUAUUUUUUUUAAUAUUAAUAAAGUUCCCUAUUUCUGGGGCCCUCAUGUUGGAUUGAUAUUUAAACUUAAUUAUUGUAUCUUGUUAUUUUUACUUAAUUUGAUGAGUUGAUUGUAAUGGAAUAAAUUAAUUGAGUUGUUAAA